AUGGGCGGCGUUGCAGCGGUAACCAUUGACGACAUCCCCGACAACUGCUUGGCUUGCAUUUUCCAGUUAUUUCCCCCCGCCGACCAGAAGAAGUUGUCCCUCGUUUGUCGCCGCUGGCUCAAGGUUGAAGGACAUACCCAUCACCGUCUCUGCCUCACCCUUCCUUACUCAUCAGUCCUUGCAUCUAUUUUUUCUCGUUUCAACUCCGUCACCGACCUCACUCUCCAAUGCCCUAAUCUCAUGAGCAUGUGCGACGGAAAUCUAGUCGUCAUUUCAGACCUCUGCCCUAAUCUCAUUCGCCUCCAAAUCACCAAGUGCUCCUAUCUCUCCUACGCUGGCUUGGAGGUCUUAGCCAGGAGUUGCGAGCGUUUAAAAAGUUUCUCUUGUACAUCUUGCACUUUUGGACCCAACUCCAUUGACGCACUUAUACAUCAUUGCACUACUCUCGAACAACUCUCCAUCGAGUAUUCUACUGUCACAACCCACGGAGCUCAAUUCCUAAAUUUCUAUCCUUUGAUUCGCGCCAAGAAUUUGACUACUGUGAAGAUUGUUCAGUGCUCUGUUGAGGAGUACUGGGAUAUGUUUUUUCAUUCGUUGGCGAGCCAGGUUACGAGCUUGCUGGAAGUCCACCUCGAUGGGUGCGGAGUUAGCGAUAAUGGUUUGAGAGCGAUUUCAAAAUUACCAAAUUUAGAAACUCUGCAUCUGGUGAAGACCCAUAAGUGCACCCACGCAGGACUGGUUGCAGUUGCGGAGGGAUGCAACAAGAGUUUAAGAAAACUUUGUAUUAAUGUGUCAGAUUGGAAGGGCACCAACAAAAUAGGUGACAAAGGUUUGAUAGCGUUUGCUAAGUGUUGUAGUAAUCUUCAAGAAUUGGUUCUCAUUGGUAUGAAUCCAAGCAAAGCGAGUUUGAAAAUUUUGGCAUCCAAUUGCCAGAGUCUAGAGCAUUUGGGGUUGUGGGGAAGCAAUAAGUUUGGCGACACUGAGAUAUGCUGCAUUGCUGGAAAAUGUGUGGCGUUGAAGGAACUCCACAUCGAGCGUUGCCCACGUGUUUAUGAUCGUGACAUCAAGACGUUGGCUGCUAAGUGUCCCAAUUUGGUGAGAGUGAAGGUUUUCGAAUGUAAAUGGGUCACUGAAAGGGAUGAGUACGUGCGCUACCACCGCCGUUUAGUACAUGUGACUUGCAAGCCACGUACUGCAUGUCGAUCACCCUUGUAG